AAAAUAAAACGCAACAAGAAAGUGUAAAACCGGAGUAUAAAAAGUGGAUGUUUUUCGUCAAUUGCAAGAUUCGGAUUUGGAAGGUAUCAGAGAGGAGGGAUUUUGGCGACUUUUUAACAAUUUUUAUCUCGUGUUUUUUAUACAUAUCUUAGAACAAUGGGAUCAUAUGAGGUGGCGGUUUUAUUUGUGGUUUCUGCUUUGAUUAUUUUACCUGCAGACGUAGAAUCCAAGGCUAUAAUGAAGAAAAGAGAAACAAUGAUCUGGUGCUCUCGAUCAACUCCCUGUGGAUGGGAAGUUUACAGGCCGUUCUGGAGAAAUGUUGAAUAUUUCAUCAAAAGCCCAUGUGACUGUCCUGAAGAUCUUGACUGUGUUCGUAUCUAUGAUGACAUUUCUAUAUCAGCAUAUGUUCAUUUAUGUAGAGCAAGAGAUGAAGAAGUCAUUGUUUGGCCGCAUGACAACCAUGGCUCUCAGACGGUGCCAGUGCCAACGGUCUGACGAGCCUAACUUGAACUUUUGAUUGAAACCCAAAAUGUAUUUUUCAUGAGGACAUCUGAUCCAUCUGUUCAUUUCAGUUUGUUAUUUAUUAUUAUUUAAAUGAUAUACAUUUGGUCGACAAUGUAUUUGUAAAUAAAUGAGUGUCACUUCAUAAUCAUUAAAUAUAUCCAGAAACAUAUUGAG